AUGAGUAUGUACGGAAGAGACCCAUGGGGCGGCCCGUUGGAGAUACACGCGGCGGACUCGGCCACGGACGACGAUCGGAGCCGGAACUUGCAGGACUUCGACAGGGCGGCGCUGUCUCGACCGUUGGAUGAGACACAGCAGAGCUGGCUGUUGGGUCCUGGGGAGCAGAAGAAGAAGAAGUAUGUGGAUCUGGGUUGUAUAAUUGUGAGCCGAAAGAUCUUUCUGUGGACUGUCGGUACGAUUCUUGCAGCUGGGGUCUUAGCUGGGUUCAUCACUCUAAUUAUCAAAACUGUGCCUAGGCAUCAUCGGCCUCAUCCUCCACCAGAUAAUUAUACGGUGGCGUUGCACAAGGCACUGAUGUUCUUCAAUGCCCAGCGCUCUGGAAAACUCCCGAAGCACAAUAAUGUAUCAUGGAGGGGAAACUCUUGUUUGAAUGAUGGCAAGUCUGAUGUUUUAUCUGUAAUUAAAGAUCUUGUGGGUGGUUACUAUGAUGCGGGAGAUGCGAUCAAGUUUAACUUUCCGGCAUCUUUUGCUAUGACCAUGCUGAGUUGGAGUGUUAUUGAAUACAGCGCAAAAUAUGAAGCUGCUGGGGAGCUCAACCAUGUUAAAGAGAUAAUUAAGUGGGGGACUGAUUACUUUCUUAAGACCUUCAAUUCCACCGCUGAUACAAUAAAUAGUGUUGCGGCCCAGGUUGGAGUGGGGGACACUUCAAGAGGACCAGCUCCUAAUGAUCAUUAUUGUUGGAUGAGGCCGGAGGACAUUGAUUACCCUCGGCCUGUAUAUGAAUGCCAUAGUUGCUCAGAUCUUGCUGCAGAGAUGGCUGCUGCUUUAGCUUCCGCAUCUAUUGUUUUCAAGGAUAACAAGGCCUACUCACAGAAACUUGUCCAUGGUGCCAGAACACUCUUCAAGUUUUCCAGGGAUCAGCAUGGCAGAUAUAGUGCGGGUGGUGCCGAUGCUGCUAUUUUCUAUAAUUCUACUAAUUACUACGAUGAGUUUGUGUGGGGUGCAGCUUGGCUAUAUUAUGCUACUGGAAAUUCUUCAUAUCUUCAACUUGCUACAACUCCGGGUAUCGCCAAACAUGCUGGUGCCUUCUGGGGAGGCCCAGAUUAUGGUGUACUUAGCUGGAACAACAAGCUUGCUGGAGCUCAAUACUGCUUCCGUACACCACAACGUAAUCAAGUGGAUUUGCAGGGUCAAGGGUCAUACCAUAUCUCCAAUUGUAGGAGUAAGAAUAGAUAUUCAACUAUCCAACAACGCCUGGGAGUCUUGGCAACAGAUAUCGACUACUCAAUUAUGCCCGUGCGUCUUGGUGUCCACAUCAAUUGCCCGAUAACCCCUAGGAGUUUUGGGACCAUGAUUAUUAAAGAAUGA